AUGUGGCGUGAUCCGAACGUAGUGGGGGUCGCCUUCCAGAAAAAACGAAAAAAAUCGAAAGGCGUUCAGAACUUUUCGAGAAGUCGAACCGUCAACACAUGUGAAUGUACCACACCGGACAAUCAAGAAGGCAGGUGCCUUGACUACAGAAAAUGUAAACCUCUGCAAGAAAUAUGGCAGAUACAGUACCGUACAGCCACCGAUUUUUAUAGACGAUCAGUGUGCAGAUACCAGGGCAAUGUUACGAUCGUUUGCUGUCCGAACGAUCCAAACAAAGAGAAGAGAGAAAUUUUAAUAAAAACUGUGUAUAAGUAUAAGGCUUUGCGACCACCAUACUGUGGUUUUAGCAACGUCUCUCAUACCAGGGUGGUCGAUGGUAAACCAGCUGAACUUGGCGCUUGGCCAUGGAUCGCUGCAUUAGGUUUUCGUAAUCCCCGAAACCCAGACAAACCACUAUGGAAGUGCGGAGGUUCCCUGAUAUCGGCUAGGCAUGUUUUGACCGCAGCACAUUGUGCACAUAUGGAUGGAAUAGAAAACAUACACAAUCAUAAUAUUGCCAUUCUUAGAUUGGUGGAGGAGGUGCCAUUUUCGAGGUACGUAUAUCCCAUUUGUACGAAAGAGCCCCUACGAAAGAGCAACUUCGUCGGCUAUAACCCCCUUGUUGCUGGAUGGGGAGCAUUAAGAUAUAGACGACCACGACGUAAUGCAUUAAUGGAAGUACAAAUGCCAGUGAUUAAGAACGCCGAAUGCAAAAUAGCUUAUUCCAAAUUUCCUAAUGCACCUGAUAUCACUGAUGGUAUAAUAUGCGCCGAACAUGCUCAGGGUGGAGAGGAUUCUUGUACGGCUGACCGCGGCGGACCACUGCUGAUACAACAUGAAUUAACCUCGUAUUUAAUAGGUAUUGUGUCUUAUGCUUAUAAGUGCGGCACAGCUGGGUAUCCCAGCGUUUACACUAGGGUCACAUCGUACCUUGACUUCAUUCUCCAAGCGAUGCAAUAAUAUGAUAUUACUGUUCCAUAAAUAUCAUUGUGUAAAAAACGUAAAGUUGGAUUUUCUUAUUGUGGAGAUAAGAAACAGCUCAAAUUUACAUUGUUUUGUACGUUACAAAUUAUAGGCUUAAAAUGUACGAAAUGUAACUUUGAAACGACACUAAUUUUUUACGCACGAUAAACCUCCACGACUUAGAUUAUAGAUUCCUAUACGACUCUCAGUAAAAAUUUAUCCGCACUCCAGAUAGUUAAAACUUCUGUCGACCGUAUUGAUCCAUCUGCACUCUUCGUAUGACGUCAAUAUCUGUUCAGUGCUGCUGCGCAGGUUUCUUUGUGUUACGUCAAUUCGUUUGUGACCGUUGCGCGAGUAAUGGCGCUUUGCAAUGGUGAUUUGCAGGAAAACAGUGCAGGAUGCUGUGGUUCGUUUCUUGUGGUCGGAGGUUAUGUUUGAUGCCUAUAUUUAUCAAAGAUUUAAUGCACAUUAUGGAGAAAGUGUUUUGUCACGAAGUGUGUUUGAAUGGGCACAAAAGUUCAAAGAAGAUCGCACAAGUGUUAUGAAAAAACAGCUGGACGCCCGUCCACAUCCACGAUGACAACAUUGAACGUGCUCAUGAACUUAUGCUCUAUGGAAUAGACGAGUGACAGUGGAUAAUGUGGCAAAUCAUUUGCAAAUCAGCCACGGCUCUGCUUAUGCAAUAGUACACGACAGAUUUGGAUUUUAAAAAGUUUGUGCGAGAUGGAUGCCGAAAAAGCUGAUGAAAAGGUGAAGACGACGAUGCAUUCGUGGUUCGCAGCUCAGCCCAAAACAUUUUUUAAUGAGAAAAUAUAAAGGUCCUUCGGCAAAUGGACAAAGUGUAUACAGAAAUCGAGUGAUUAUGUCAAAAAAUGAUGUAUGUCUUUUUUGACAAUUGCUUAAAAUAAAUUCUACACCGACAGAGCGGGCUGUUAAUCUAGAGGCUGGAGUACAAAGAAGUGGCACAAUGAUGUGGGCUGAUGACAUUUAUAAUUAUCAAGGAAUCACCCCUACAUUCGCUCAGAAUUUUAAUGAAACUGUCCCUUGGGAAGGAAGAACUGAUACCUUGAUAUCACGGUUUGUACAUCCUAUAUAUACGACAAAUUUUAGAACAUUAUAUAACGAAGAACCAGAUCGUCGUGGCCAUGUGAUGUGAAUAAAAGGACUUGAAUUUGAUGAUAUUUUUAUAAUGUUAGAUAACAUAACUAAGUAUCUUCACAGUAAGAUAGGAUGACAUGGUUUACAUGAUCUUAAUGUUGUUCACUCGAGUGAUGAUAUUAUAAGGAAAAGUGUAAUAUCACAGGAUAUUUAUGUUUAGUAACCAGUAAUUCAGAGAUUGGUAUUCAUGGUUACUAUAACGAGGCUGUAGAAACGCACCCUUUCUUCUUUGCAAAUGGUCCUGUAUUUAUGUCUAAGCCGAAACUGGAACCUCUGAAUAAUUUAGAUUUAUUCUUGUUAUUUUCUAAAAUACUUAUCUACAGUAUACCAUAAGGAAUGAUACCGUAUCGCACCUAAUCAAGUGCCUUAAGAAACAUCAACAGGAUAUCACAGUAAUCCCUUAUCGACAGAUAUUUGUAGCCACUACAAUAUCUAUGACACUGGUAGUAAUUAUAAGAACAAUAAUGAUGUUCUAUAAGAGGAAAUGAUGAUUAGGAACAAAAACUUACAGAAGAUAUCAUGCGGUGGAUGGAUAAUAUGCAAAAAAUAUUAAGCAGUAUAUGAAUUUUCCUAUUGCGUAGAGAUAACAAAAUGAAUUUUAAAAAAUGUCGACACGGUAAUAAGAAAUAGCAUCAUGACAAAGAAUAUAUAAAGACAGUUUCAUUUUUUAUAAAUAAAAAUUUGUUGUUCCAGAUUUUGAAAUACAGUGAAACGUUUAAUUAGUAUCUUAAUAUCUUUAAAUAAUUAUUAUUUUAGAAUCAAUUGUAAUUGUAUCAUACGUACUUUUGAAUUCGUGCAAGAACAUAUGUUAUUUUGAAGUAGUUAUUAUUAGGAAAUUGUUAGACGCGAACAGUAUGCGAAAAGUUAGUAUGCAGUGUAAUAAUUAUCAAUCAAAACACAAGAAUUAAAUUCUUGAGGAAAAAAUUUCCGGAAUUUCUUAUUUACAUGAUUAUAGAGAAAUCCAUAAUAAAAAGGAGCUGCUUUCUAA